AUGGACAAGCCUGGAACAAUAUUUAAUGUAGAUGAAUCGGGGAUGAAUUUAGAGUUGAGGAAGGGAAAGGUUGUCAUUGAUCGAAGCCAGAAGCAUGCGUAUUCGCAAGGUGAAGGGUCGCGGGAACACGUCACUGUUAAUUGCUGUGUUUCUCCAGGCAGACUGAUGGUUCCACCUUUCAUUAUUUAUGAGAAGUCUUUUCCAAGCGGAAACUACUCUGCCAAUGGCCCCACUGAUGCUCUAUAUGGCAAAUCCAACAAUGGAUAUAUGGACGAAGACCCGUUCUUCAAGUGGUUUACUCGUUUAUUUGUUCCAAAAACUAAACACGUGGGGAAAAGAAUCUUGAUAAUUGAUGGCCACGGAUCCCACAUCAACCUCAAUUUGAUAGAUGCUGCUAGGGAGAACCAAGUUAUCUUGUAUUGCCUCCCCCCUCACACAACUCAUGUGCUUCAGCCAUUGGAUGUUGGAUUGUAUAGUCCACUCAAGACAUACUUCAGCAGAAUUACUGACAAGAUUCAGAUUGCAAGGUUGGGCAUCAGGAGAAAUGUUACGAUUUCCAAAACUGAAUUUUCUGCUGUUUUUAAGCUGGCGUACGAGGAAACCUUUAGCUACGCUCGCAUCCUUUCAUCAUUUCGGUCAUGUGCCUUUGUCAACUGUACCGCCAACUGCAUCGUCAACUCUACUGCCACCUGUACCGUCAAUGGCAUCGUCAACUCUACCGCUACCUGUACCGCCAACUGCAUGUCAACUCUACCGCCACCUUUAUCGUCAAUUGCUUCGUCAACUUUUCCGCCACCUGUACCGUCAAUUGCAUCGUCAACUCUACCGCCAACUGCAUCAUCAAAUGUACCAUCAACAUCGUUGUCACCAACAGCUGCAUCUUUCCCAGGAACUUUCAACUAUCUUCCUGGUGGAUCGAUUUCUCUAAUGCCAUCAACAUCAACAAAUAACCGAUUACCUGCUGCUUUCAAAGAUAUGGACCCAAACAUAAUCGAUCUGUUUAUCACGCCAAUUCUGGAGCCUGAAAAAAAAAGAAAAGAACAGUAG